AUGGCUUCUUCUCAACCUACUCGAUGGGCUGCUCUCGCCCGUGAUACGAACGAGACCAAGAUUCAGCUUGCUCUUAACCUUGACGGCGGCGAUUUCCCUCCAGACACUGACUCCCGACUUCUUAACGACGGAGAUAGCCAUGCUUCUCAAGCUAGCAAGUCACAGAAGAUUGCCGUCAAUACAGGAAUUGGUUUCCUUGACCAUAUGCUUCAUGCUCUAGCUAAGCAUGCGGGAUGGAGUCUUGCUCUGAACUGCAAGGGUGAUCUUCACAUUGAUGACCACCACACCGCCGAAGAUGUCUGUAUCGCCCUUGGUUAUGCCUUCGCCCAAGCUCUCGGCACUCCCGCUGGUCUCGCCCGUUUCGGCUACGCCUACGCUCCCCUUGAUGAGGCCCUCUCGCGCGCGGUCAUCGAUCUUUCCAACCGUCCCUACAGUAUUGUUGACCUCGGUCUGAAGCGGGAGUGGCUUGGCCAGCUCAGUACCGAGAUGGUCCCUCAUUGUCUCCAGAGCUUUGCCCAGGGUGCUCGCGUUACGCUGCAUGUUCACUGUCUUCACGGUGACAACGACCACCAUCGAGCCGAGAGUGCUUUCAAGGCUCUUGCUGUUGCUAUCAAGGCUGCUACCACAAGGAUACCUGGUAAAGAGGGUGAGGUGCCUAGCACCAAGGGUACUCUGAGUGCGUAA